AUGGUUAGCACAGAGGUGAUCGUGGCCAUCGUCGCCCUCAUCAUCUCUCUGGUGGCCCUGACCGCAACCUUCAUGCAAGUUCUUCAGCAGUACUAUGCUUCUGCCGCGGGCUAUUCUCAGUGCAAUGAAAAGGUCAUGGGCGGUUGGGCAAGAACCAAGACUAGACGAUUCUCUUGGGAAGAGCUGCGUUAUGAAGUGCAGUACGACUCACCCGUCAUCUUCGUUUCGCCCCCGCACAAUAAGCGCGGCCCGAUCCCCGACGCCCCGAUAUACUUUCUCGACGGUACCCCCAAGAGCUUCCAAGACACAUGGACCACCUCGGAGCUUGACCCGCGCAAGGAGUACCUCAAUCUAUCAGCCAAGGAGCGCAUCCACACCGCGGACAAUGAGCGGGCGUCGUGGUCGGUGCUCCUCUACGCCAUCCAGAGGAUGGAAGCCAAGUCGAGGGAGUGGCAGGAUAGGCAGUACCCUCCUCCUGGAUCUCUGACGGCCAAGUAUGGUCUGCCCAGAACGCCUCCGUCGCUCCGCGAGCACCACACUCUGACGGUAGCGCUGCAGCGCAAGAGGAAGAGCUGGGACACCAUGCCGCUGUCCAUGACAAAACCGUAUGCGACGACCACCAUGUGCCAUAUGAUUGAGAUGCUUGCGGCCUUGGGAGUCUACUGGAAAGAGUUUGACCGACGUCGCGAUCGCUACUGGGCUGAGGGAAAUGGGUUUCUGGUGCUUGGCGAGCGAAAUGACUUGGGAAUUGUCUUUUCGCUGCAAGUCCACGGCCAGUGCACUUUUGAGCGCAACAGAGUCAUCCCCGUCGACUAUGUCAAGGAGCUCACUUUUGGUUAUGUGCCCACCAUCUAUCGUGACACAAUUGACCAGAGCCGACUCAAGGUGCCGAGUGACAUGCCGGAGAAUCUCAGUUCGCUGCAGAUGGGCCGUGAUCGAGAGCUCGCUGAGAGCCUGACGGUUAUUGGAUGCAGCACCAACGCCGUCAACUACUUUCUUGAAGACGGCAAUCGCACAUCACACAUAUUUCCCCUCGCAUUCGAGAUUCUCGGCAUGCUUGGCCAAAACUUCCACAUCAGCAACAGCAGCUUUACCUACAUCCCCAACCCGACGCCAUAUUCUUUCGACAAGCGCUCCUUUUCGCUACGCAAGCUUUUAGAGGCGUUCAAGUCGCAUUUUGACGGCGACGUCGAGACCACGCGCAAUCAAGAAAUUGUCGAUGUUCUUCGCUGCCACGUCGACGAUGUCUUGAAACACUACUGGGAAAGGGACGGUCCGCAGCGCCUGAUCUGCCUCCGAGUUCUGCAUACGGCGAUUGACGACACGGAUGAGAUUCUAACUGGGAAGAGAAAGGAUUCGGUGGAAACGGGUAACAACGACCCGGCGGCGGCCGGGGCUGCGGCCGGCAGCGCCGCCAUCCCCGUGGUGAUUUGCUCCGAGGACCCUAGCGAGACAACGGGCGAGACGACACACCAGAGCCGGCGUCGGGAAGCGGUGCAGGACGUACUGCGAUCCCACAUCCAGGAAGUCUUGCGGCUGCUCAACGAGCGCGACGACCGAGUUGAGACGCAGUCUCUGCACGUGAACCUAGCCGACCGCACACCGACAUCGCCGCUGCAGCCGCGAGCGCUCCAUGAACGCAUCUUUGGCUUGCGACCCACGCCGCCACCGCGGUUCGAGGACGUCGACGAUGCCAGCCCGGACGAGCGCCAGCAGCUGCUGAUGGACGUGUACUUUGAGGUGGUGCGCCUCCGCGUCGUGCCCAAGGCGGCCUUCUCGACGGGCCGUAGAGCGAGCCUGGUCGGGUUUCAACGCCCGCAGAGCCUGCCGAGCAUGCGCGGUGGCGCCCGAAGCAUCUCCCGUGGGCCUAGCCUAGCGCCGCGGCCUGGUUCCAGUCGCGGCGGCUCGUCUGCCGGCGACGGUCCAGCCGCUGAUCAUCCUUUGGCUCUGUUCACUGGCCCUAGCGCCGAUGAGGAGCAUGCCGGCGCUGCUGACGCUUCCGCCGUGACCGGUGAUGCCGACGACGGGGAUGCCGACGAGCACGACGCCGACGAACACAACUCCUACGACCACAGCGCGGACGAUGAGAACGGCGUGGCAGUCGAUGCGACAACGGACCGACGCGGGAGGAGCCACGUAUCGCUCGCGAAGCAGCUGGCCUCGCACGACGACAUAUGGUGCACGCUCGUUUUCAGGAUGAUUUGCUGGCUGAUGCUUCAUGACUUUAAUAAGCUGGACGUGCAAUUGCCCAAGAGUGAGCUCCUGGGAAGCCGCGUGCCCGUAUACAUUGCAUAA